AUGCCUCACAAAACCCAUCAGAACUCUCGCCGGGUUUAUCUGCUGCCUCUCACUGAUGCCGGUGCUCCAGAUGUUCCCAACGAGUACAUCUAUCUGCCCGUCCCUACCGAGCCAGCAUACUUUCUACGAUUUGCCAUUGAAGGGACAAGCUCAAUAUGCCGUCAAGGUAGUCUAUGGGUCAACAUUCCUGAGCCGGGUCAGUCUUUUGAUCGCAAUCGCUUUCGGGAAUACAAGCUCUAUCCCGGCUUCAAUCGGACUCUCGAGAUUGAUAUUCCUAUCACCUCCGCUGGGGCAUUUUCUUUCUACACGACGUACACUCCUCUACCAGAAUUUUCCACGUCUGACGUUAGAACACCUGAGCCCACUCGUACUCCCACUUACUAUGUCGACAUCGAGCCGAAGUUGUGUUUGGCGGGCUCCAACUUACCAUUGGACGCCUUGGGGAUUUUCUCAGUCGUGUCCAAAUUCAUGGGCAAAUACCCGGAGGACUGGCACAAGCAUUUAAGAGGGAUCAGUGCGAGAGGUUACAAUAUGGUGCAUUUUACGCCGCUGCAACAACGGGGCGAGUCCGACUCCCCCUACAGCUUGUUCGAUCAAUUGGCUUUUGACCCUGAGCUCUUUCCGGGUGGAGAGAAGGACGUUGCACACAUGAUCAAAUCCAUGGAGGAAGAACACGAGUUGUUGGCCCUCACGGAUGUCGUCUUCAAUCAUACCGCGAACAACAGCAGAUGGCUGGAGGAACAUCCAGAAGCAGGCUACAGUGUCGAGACUGCCCCUUGGCUGGAAUCUGCUCUUGUUCUUGACAAUGCACUUCUCGACUACAGUGAUAAGCUCGAGUCACUUGGUUUGCCUACUGUCUUCAACUACGUCAGUGACUUGGAGAGAUCUGUAGCAGGAAUCAAGGAGCACGUUAUCGACAAGAUCCGUUUAUGGGAGUAUUUUGUAUGUGAUGUCAAAUCUGAUACGCAGGCGGUGAUCGACGCAUGGAAGCAAGGCUCCACCAAAUUACCCCCGGGAGGAUUUGAUGACACGAUCGGUGGCGGACUUGACUCUCUGAAAUCAUGGUCCCUUUACCAGAAAGCCGCCUUCCUCAAAGAAAAGGGACUACUCAAUGGCCUUCGUAUUGACGGCCGAUACUCACGAAAGGUCAACCCCGCUAUUGGGUCGGCCAUGGUGACGGCCUUGCACGGACGCUAUGAGGAUGGGACAGACACUCAACCGGUGGAAGACGCCGUGAAAGCAAUUUUGGACGAGCUCAACCUCCCCUUUUAUCGCGAGUUCGAUGCCGAUGCGGCAGCGAUUCUGGAUCAGGUCAAAGGCAGAUUGCUCUAUACCAGAUUGGACCCUCACGGUCCAAGACUGGGGCCCAUCACCCGGGAAUACCCACUCAUCGAAACUUAUUUUGCUCGGCUACCUCUGAACGAAACGACCAAGAAACAUAAUCCAGAAGCACUGUCACUUGCAGUCAACGGGUGGAUCUGGGCUGCCGACGCCAUGAAAGACAAUGCAGGGCCAGAUUGGCGACCUUAUCUCAGACGAGAACUGAUUCCCUGGAGCGACUGUGUCAAACUGAGGUAUGGCAAAGGACCAGAGGACAACCCUUAUUUGUGGGAACAUAUGACCCAAUAUGUCCGACUCAUGGCCAAAUACUUCACGGCCUUCCGAAUUGACAAUUGUCAUUCCACUCCAAUUCACGUGGCUGAAUAUCUACUGGACGAAGCUAGAAAAGUACAACCCAAUCUGGCUGUCUUCGCAGAAUUAUUUACGGGCAAUGAACAGACUGACUUUGUCUUUGUGAAGCGUCUUGGAUUGAGUGCGUUGAUUCGCGAGGCUAUGCAAGCUUGGAGUACGCAAGAACUAAGUCGGGUUGUCCAUCGACAUUGUGGUCGACCCAUUGGCAGUUUCGAAAUCAAUGUGCCUCGGCGGUCAGGGCAGAAGUUCGCCAACAAUCUGGUCAAUGGAAGUGGUCCGAAAACGAGAGAAGUCGUCAAACAUAUCAGAGAAAGUCCAGUGCAUGCUCUGUUCAUGGACUGCACCCACGACAACGAAAUGCCAGCUCAAAAACGAGAUGCCCGGGACACACUACCUACGGCCGCUCUGGUCAACAUGUGUGCUUGUGCCACAGGCAGUGUUAUGGGUUUUGAUGAAAUUUACCCAAAGCUGGUCGAAAUCGUUCACGAAAACCGCACCUACACGUCAGCCAGCUCUGAAGGAGGAGUUCAGACUGGCGCUGAUGAAGGAGGAAUCGCCAGCGUCAAAAAGCUGAUGAACCAGAUUCACACCAUGAUGGGCAAGAACGGUUACGACGAAACAUUUCUCCACCAUGAAGGCGAACUUAUCACUCUUCACCGUGUUCAUCCGGACUCCCGUCAGGGAUAUUUCCUAAUUGCUCACACUGCUUUCCCUGGUUCAGGAAAUGGUAACGGUGGUCUGAGUCCUGUUCACUUGGCUGGCACCAAAGUGCGCCCUCUUGGCGCGUGGGUUCUUGAAGUAGAUCAAAGCGACGAAGCAAAGAAAGCGGCAUUGAAUGAUGAGGAACGCCUCGUCGGCUUACCCGCUCGAGUCAGGAGUAUCAAGGGGGCCACCAUCACGUCCGACAAUGGUGACACUACUAUCACCAUUGCUGAUUUCUUCCCCCCCGGAUCAAUUGCACUUUUUGAAACGUGGGUUCCUUCUGCCGAACAUUCUCUGGGCCUGGGUACCUUCAUCGCAAGUGGCACAGAGCAAGCCUUCGGCGAACUGGACCUCAUCGAUCUCAAUUUUGUUCUGUAUCGAUGUGAGGCUGAGGAACGUGAUUCAAGUGAUGGCCAAGAUGGCGCGUACAGUAUUCCCGGCUAUGGGCCUCUGGUGUACGCAGGUCUUCAAGGCUGGUGGAGUGUGAUUGAGCCUAUUGUCAGGCGGAACGAUCUGGCGCACCCUCUUUGCAGCCAUCUUCGCGAGGGACAAUGGGCAUUGGAUUUCAUUGUUGGGCGAAUGGAGAGGAUUUCAAAACGCGAAGGAUAUUCCAGGCUGCAUAAACCGGCUCAGUGGUUGAAGGAACGAUUCGAUGCUGUCCGUAUCGUUCCCAGUUUUCUCUUACCGCGCUAUUUCGCAUUGAUCGUUCAGAUCGCGUACGACGCUGCAUUCAAGCGGGGGAUCGAAUUAAUGAGUCCAAAUAUUCGGCAUGGUCAGGACUUCUUGCAAAGUUUGGCCAUGGUAAGCAUACAGCAAACAGGAUAUGUCAAGUCUGCUUCGUUGUGGCCACACGAGAUCGUACCGUCACUCGCUGCCGGAUUGCCUCAUUUCUCAGUUUCUUGGGCUCGCUGUUGGGGCCGCGAUGUUUUUAUCUCCUUGCGGGGCUUGUUUUUGUGUACUGGCCGAUUUGAAGAAGCCAAAGAGCACAUCAAAGCCUUCGGCAGUGUUCUGAAGCACGGUUUGAUUCCGAAUCUCCUCAGCAGCGGCGCGGCUCCCAGAUAUAAUUCGCGAGAUUCUCCAUGGUUUUUCCUCCAGAAUAUUCAAGACUAUACGAAGAUUGCCUCUGAUGGACUAUCAAUUCUCCAGGAAAAAGUUCCUCGUCGUUUCCUCCCAUAUGACGAUACUUGGUUUCCUCACGAUGACCCUCGGGCGUACUCGCAAGAGUCCACCAUUGAGGACAUCAUCCAAGAAAUCUUUCAACGUCAUGCGUCCGGUUUGUCCUUCCGAGAACACAACGCUGGCCCUAGCUUAGACAUUCAAAUGAAGCCUGAAGGAUUCCAGAUUGAUGUUCGUGUCGAUUGGAAGACAGGAAUUAUUUUCGGCGGCAGUCAAUAUAAUUGUGGCACGUGGAUGGACAAAAUGGGAGAAAGUGAACGGGCUGGCAGCAAAGGAGUGCCCGGUACGCCUCGAGACGGUGCUGCCGUUGAAAUUACUGGACUUUCAUACAGUGCGAUGAAAUGGGUUUCCGAGCUCCACCAGGCUGGCAAGUAUAGAUACUCUGGGGUGACAACGGAUCAAGGGGAUGAAAUUUCCUUUGCGGAAUGGGCAGCCCGCAUCAAGGCAAACUUCGAAAGAUGUUAUUGGAUCCCGGUGGAUCCCAAAGACGAUGUUGAGGAUGAUGUCGACCCGAAGAUUAUCAACCGUCGUGGUAUCUACAAAGAUUUGUACCGAUCUGGCAAGCAAUACGAGGACUACCAACUUCGACCCAAUUUCCCUAUUGCCAUGACAGUGGCACCGGAUUUGUUUACACCUGAGAGAGCAUUACUGGCAUUGAAGAUGGCGGAUGAUAUCCUUCGUGGACCUACCGGAAUGGCGACGCUUGAUCCAUCAGAUUUGAAUUACCGGCCUUACUACAACAAUUCAGAAGAUUCAACCGACUAUGCGACAUCCAAAGGGCGAAACUAUCAUCAAGGACCGGAGUGGUUGUGGCCGACAGGAUUCUUUUUGCGAGCAUUCCUCAUGUUUGACCUCAAGCGACGGACCACGUCGGCGGAUCGAUUGGAAUCAUUCCAACAAGUGACUCAACGUUUGGCUGGAUGUAAGAACGUGAUCAAGGAUAGUCCGUGGAAGGGAUUGACAGAGUUGACCAACAAAGAUGGGUCAUUCUGUGCGGAUUCGGUAUGUUCAUCAAUCAAAACUGAGAUGAAUUGA